GACUCCACUGCAUACCUAUUCUAUUGAAUAAACUAUAGAGAACUACUCUCUGUAAUAACAUGGCAAACAAAAAAUCAGCGAGAUUCGCUAUAAAACGCUGAACAUUAUGUUUAGAGCAAUUUUCGUAUUGUUUUCAAACAGACACUGGUGACCGUAAAUUAAACAUUUUUUUUUGUUAAUUGGAUUUUUGAGUACACAUGGUUAAUGGUACAUUUAAUGAAGUACAAUUGACACUCGAGGACAAUGUGACGUCAUAGAUACAGCGGCAGGGAUUUUAGAGUAUAAAAGACAAGGUGGCAGUAAAUUUAUUCAUUUAUAAUGGGUACAGUAUGACAAAUGAAAAUCAUGGCGGAUAAAGGGUGUGCAGGAGUAAUAUUAGUGAUCAUCGUGCUUUUUUCCCCUGCACGUGCUGCUCAGACGAACUUUGAACUAAAUAUCGCUGUUUUAGCUCAAUGGAAAGAUAUCAUCAAUCCUAUAAUGGCAUCAAAACAUCUCGGCUCUGUGCCAGUCAAUCUUAACACAUUUGACCUCGGCAAAACCAGAUCGGACUACGACAAAAUUAAGAAAGCCAUACAAAACCUGAAAGAUCAUAACACACAUGCGGUAAUCGGACCUUUUGAUGUACCAAUAUCCCUUGCAACAGAAUCACUAAAUAUAACUUACUUAGCUACAACUGGGGUUACGACAAAAAACAUGAACUCAACUUUCCAAAUGAUUCCAAGAUUAGAUGAUUUCAGCCAAGCCUUACUGGACAUGGUAAAAAGAUAUGGCUGGAACGAAGUCAGUAUUUUCUUUGAUGAUGAUAAAGGUAUAUCUGUAGUAGAAAAGCUUCUCACGGAUCAUAAUUUGAUGAUUAAAUCCUGGCGCCUUGUCAAGAAAGCAGACGAGAAACAAGUUCGAGAUCAUCUCGUGCAUAUGCGACGGGUAUUCAUGCAAAGGUCUAUAGUCUUUUGUCAGAAAAGAAAUAUCGGAACUUUACUUGAAACAGCACGUUCAUUGGCCAUGCUUUCAACGCCGUAUGAGUGGUUUUUCUACGAUCCGGGUGACGAACUCGCAGACGUAAUGAACAAUUUUCCAGAUAUCCAUGUGAACUUCACUGUAUUUACCAUGAUGCCUUUCAAUAGCACAGUACCAAAAGGCCAACCUACAAGGGACAGUUUUAACAAGACACUCGCGCAAGAUGCUGUUUCACUUCUUCAGGAAGCUGUUAAUAAGCCAUUUGAAAAAAAUACCACUGAGUUCGUCAGAAAUAGUUUGGCUGAAAGGAUUUUAUCAAUCGACUUCAAUGGAAAAUCAGGUUCGAUUCAAUUUGAUGAACAUGGGAAAAGAAUUAAUUUGUCAAUUAUCCUGACUGAAAUGUCUGGCUAUGCAACACAUCAGAUUGGUGAAUGGCAUUCAGAUGUUGAAAUGUUUGACACUAGACUCCAAAUUGCUUCACGGUUUAGUUCUAGUAAUAUUUCCCAUCCUUUCCCCUUGGUUGGAAGAACAGCAAGAGUUGUGACAAUUCUGGAAAAGCCAUUUUGUAUGUACAAAAGAGAUCACAAAGUGCGCCACGGUAAUGACAGAUUCGAAGGUUUCGCUGUUGAUCUGAUUCGUGAAGUGGCAGAUAUGCUUAACUUUGAGUAUCAAAUUUAUCUGGUUCAUGAUGGUAACUUUGGAACCAAAAUGUCGGACGGUAGUUGGAACGGAAUGAUAGGGGAACUUUUGCAAGGCAACGCAACAAUGUCGGUGGCACCUUUAAGUAUUAAUUCAGAACGAGAGGCGGCCGUUGACUUCACUAAGCCAUUUAUGACUAGGUAUAUAAGUGUCCUCAUGAAAGUGCCGCGCUCCGAAACAUCUUAUUUUGAGUUUCUUAAUCCACUUCAUCCAACCGUCUGGUUUUGUACCUUAGGUGCCUUUGUCUUCGUUAGUAUUGUGUUAUAUAUUCUUGAACGAAUUGGGACUAUAGACAGAAAGGAAUGUCCAUCGAUAAGCUUUAAAGAGAGCUUUUGGUUUGUAUUUGGCUCUUUACUACAAGGAAGUACUGAUUCCUCCCCGUCGACUCUUCCUGGAAGAAUAUUGACAUCUUCUUGGUGGUUUUUUGCACUUAUUCUUAUUUCAUCAUAUACUGCAAAUUUAGCAGCUUUUCUGACAGUCAAAAAAAUAAACACACCGAUAAAAACUGUAACUGACUUAGCCUCCCAAACAAAAAUUAAAUAUGGAACUGUUCAAAGCAGUGGAAUUAUGUCCUUCUUCAAAAACACCGAUAUAGAGCAUUUUUCAAAAAUGUGGGCUCAAAUGUCUGAAAUUGAGCCAUCUUCAAUGGUAAAAUCGACAGAGGAGGGAUUUAAAAAGGUUAAAGAAGAAUUAUACGCUUUUUUCUGGGAUACUACAGUCAAUAAAUACAAGACAAUCGAAAACUGUGAUUUUAUGGAAGUCGGACCACCAUUUGACCCUAAAGGUUUUGGUAUUGGUGUACCACCUGGCGCCACUUAUAGAGAGGAACUGUCUAUGGCGAUUUUGAAACUGAGUGAUAUUGGACGAUUGCACGAACUCGAAAACAGGUGGUGGGGUCGACGCAAUUGUCCGGAUCAUGGUAAGCCAUCUACCGACGAGACGUCGGAACUGCAGAUUGAUAACGUUGCUGGCGUUUUCUUCAUACUUGUUGGCGGUGUGGCUGUUGCUGCUGUUGUGUGCCUUGGUGAAUAUUUUGCCAAACAAAUUUCAAACAGUGUCAAAAAGGAGAAGCAUGCCCGUGUGACUGACAAAGAAAGGGAGAGUUUCCUCUGAAGGCAUGGAAUGAUCAGUAUUGUCAUGCAUGAACUUUCGCCAACUAGCUUUCCUUGAUCAUGUGACCAUUUUCUAUCUAUAUAUAUUCUUUUUUUAUUUCUAUAUAAUUCAUGUAUCAUGUAUUUUGUGUGAAUUAGAAGUAUUUUUGAUGGAAACUUGCAUUGAUCUUGGAUAGUUUGUAGAUAAUUUAUUAAGUUGUGCACAUAUUUUGAAACUAUACGCGAAAGUAAAAUGGUACUGGUAUUUAAUUAAUAUUUUUACAAUAUUAAUUACUUCGUCUCGAUUGGAUUUAAACGAAACAUUGUUUUUUGACGUCUUUUUUUCUCUAUAAAUAUACGUUUUUGUUUCAGUCUUGUUAUGAAUAUAAUGUAAUAACGUAAAGCAUACAGGAGGUAUAAUUGAGGAAUGUGUAUACAUUGAAAUUUUAAUUAAAAUUGAAAUUAAACUAAGUUAAUGUUAACUCUAUUCGAUUGCCUGUGUAGUUUGGAUAGGUAAUACGGUAUCUGUGUUUUGUAAUAGAGGUAAAAGUCAAGGAAAUAAAAUUAACCACUUUUAACAGCUUUUUCUACAGUCAGUCGGGAUUUACAAAGAGGUAAAGCUAUUUGAUUUCUCAGUGAAGUGUACAAAGUCACUGGAAGUAUUCGUAUAAUUAACAAAUAUACUACAGCGGUAAUUGUGUUGUGGAAAUAAACUUUAAGAUGUAGGUUGCUUGUAUAUAUUUUCCAAACGAUGGUUUCUUUAAUUUAAAUUUUUUGAUUUAAAUAUUAUGCUCAAAACUAGACAGAAACAACGGUAUAUUGGAACUAUGUAACAAAAUUAGGUGUAUUACUUGUAUUUGGCAUCUAGAUAUUACUUUUAGUGUAUGAUACAGCUAUUGUGAACAUUUAUAUAGACAGCCUUAUGAAACUGAUGAGAAGAGAGCAUGCACAUAUUUGUCAUUAUAUCUCUUUUUAUAACUUUUAUCACCACGCUUGGGUUUGGUCCAUGUCCGAAUCAGGUAUGAAACAUCUCACUGAGUUGAGUUAAAUAAUUCAGUGAAUGUGUUUGCAUUGUGUUUGUAGGAAAAUAUUUUGCGAUCGUAUUGAUUUUCACUUAUACACUACUUGUAAAACGUGGCGAAAUUUUACUAUGCAGUAGAACAACUAAAAAGGCAUGCGAUUAUUGAUAUCUGCAAAUUCACUUAACCAUUAAACGCACCUCAAUCGCCAGCUUCGUUUUCAAUGACGUAUAUUUUGAGCAUAUGUUAUUAUUAGCAGAAGACAAAGUAAAAGACAUUGCAUGUCAUUUAUCUGCACCUUAUAAUGCAUUAUGGCUGUUGUAUGGUUGUCAUUUUCCAUGAUUCUUUAGGAAGUUCUGUGAUAUUUUGAUUACCAUUAUUGCAACAGUGCACGUUACUCUAUUGUUCAUCAUCCUACCUUUUUCGUCCGAUCCCAAAACAAAUAUUUAUAAAUCAUAUUACGCAGAGCAUAUCGAGGUGAGGAUUGGGGAUCGGUGGGAGACACACAACGACACAAAACGCACACUUAGAAUGUUUUCCGUUCUGAAGUAGUAUACAGUUGAAAACUGACGUUAAGCCUGUCUUAUAGUAAUAAUUGGUUGUAUUUAAUUUGAAUUCAGGAUUCUAACAGGGGUAGUUUUGUAAUUUUCUGAUUUAUUGUUUUUAUUAUUUGAGCCGCGCCAUGAGAAAACCAACAUAGUGGAUUUGCGUCCAGCAUGGAUCCAGACCAGCCUGCGCAUCCGCGCAGUCUGGUCAGGCUCCAUGCUGUUCGCUUUUAAAGCCUAUUGGAAUUGGAGAAACUGUUAGCGAACAGCAUGGAUCCUGACCAGACUGCGCGGAUGCGCAGGCUGGGUUGGAUCCAUGCUGGUCGCAAAGCCACUAUGUUGGUUUUCUCAUGGCGCGGUUCAUUUUAAGUUUUCGCAAGGUCAGACAUUCCUUGGUUUAUGCUGUGCUCUGUAAGUUUUUCAGAUUGCUUUGGAAAUAAUUCAUCACACAUUUUCUUAAAUGUACCAUUGUUGAAGUAGAAAAUCGGGAGAAUUUUCAAGAGGGGGUGGGGAGUAUACAGCAAUACAUACAGUACUUAAUUUAAGAUGAUUUUUGUCAACUUUAACCAACUGAUAGAAAUAACUACAAUCCAAACACGCAGCUUCCAUAAAACCAAAUUUGAUGUGCGUGAUAAAAUAUCAGUACUUCAUGUCAACAAUAGGCCUGUAUUUUUUUUUUAAAUGCGGACUAUAGUUUGCUGUUUGAAUUGAUUGUAAAGUACGCGUGUCUGUCUUGUUUUUCUUGAUGUCUUUUUCAAUACUAUAAUUUUGUGUGCAUGUUUCAUUUGAAUACUAUAAACAUUUCUAAAAUUUCGGGGGAAAUGUAUUGAAACAAAACACUGAUUUUCUAAAAUAAAAACAAAAGUUCAGCUGUUACUAAUAAACUUCAGUCUGAAUUUUAAGUUAUUAUCGUGUUUGUUAUCUUAUUCAAUUGUAAGUCACAUAUACACCGUUCAUCUGUCUUUUAAUCGAAACGAAGAUAAAUUACUUUGUUAUAACGAAAAGGUUUGACGGAGCUAAGAUCAGCUUCGUCUUUUUCAUAGGGGAAGAAACAUUUUGGAUAUCCUUUGAAAACUAAUUGAUUAUAAAUUAUUUAAAGUACAAAAGAAUGUCUGAAUUUCAUGUCGGAAGACGAAUGUCAUUUUUAUAAUACGGAUUCAGUAUUUUUAUUGUAUAAAAUAUUACUUUUAUCUAAAUAAUUUAAGUGCAAAAUAAAUAAUGCAGACAUUGACAAAUAUCAACUUAUCAUAGCUAUCAAUCCCUAUUGUACAGCGGCUCGAAUGUCCGAUAAAUAUGCCCUUCAUACUACAAAUUCCCAUGUAAAAUGGAAUCAGACAGUCUGCAAAAUACCGACAUAUCUAAUUAAAAUACUACUUUUAAUGGUCUGAAAAUCAUACGGCAGAUUUGUGACACGAUCCAAUGCUUCACAAAAUGAUCACCCCUUGUUGCAUCUUUUUUUUCUGUACAUAACCGCUGUGUUCUUUUAUCAUUUACACCAUUUUCAAUUUUGUUUGUCAUUUAUAUUUAAAUCUAUAAUUUUGUGUUAAACAAAUUGUCUUAGAGCAUCCAAAACUCUUCUCACCAUUAAACAAUGCACUUAGUUGAUCUUUGAUCUGUAAGACCUAGUAUAUACUGUACAUAUAAUUAUUGUUUAGUCCGAUACAAGUAACAUUUCAUUUUGUUUUACAUAUCUGGAAUUUAUACUACACAUCUGAAACUAAGUGAUGACAAAAUAAAUAUUGAAUGAUC